AUGGUUGGUGAGAACAAGAAAGAGAAAGAUGGGAAGCGCCUCAAGGUCAAGGGAGGAAAGAGAGAAUAUCCUGCCAUGAAAGCUGCCAAAUUGCAUCCAAACCAUCGAGCAGGGAAUCACGAGAUUAAUUUUUCUCUUCUCGAACUGAGUGCUUCUGCUGCAAGGUCAUUCUCUACAGAGGAAAAAAACCUCCUGAAGGAGAAACUGACGGCAGAAGGCGAAGACAAAGGGUGCCAACUACCCAUCGUCGUGGCUUCCAGUCCAAGUUCGAAUUCCUUCAAUGUCGGCUAUCUUCACGCCUACAAGUACGAGGUAAUAGCCGGCCGGCACAUUGUCCAAGCACGGAAGGAGAUCGGCCAGGAAACGGGAAAUGGCAAAGAUACUUGCACAUGCGCAAUCUACUGGGGUUUGACAGAGGAAGGAAAGAGGAUGCUGGCACUUCAGAACGCCAAGCUACAAGGAAUCCCUUAUGAUGCCCUUGACGUACUGGAGAAAUAUGAAGAACUUCGAGAAACCAUGGAGAAUGAAUUUGAAAUCCACGCAGCUUACGGUGAGAUCCUGAAAGGAACAAGGAUAGAAAGCCAGAAAGAAGAGAUAUCUCUAUGCAGGAUUGCCGGUAUGGAGGAGGAAGAAGUUUUGCACAGGUUCUCGCAACAAGUGACAAGUGAGUCCCUGAAGUCGUUCAUGGGAAUGAGGAAGCCCGAGGAAGCAGACGAAUGGACGAGUUUUGUGAAGCUGUGCAUAUCUCGCCAAGCCAUUCAGAGGGAAAAAGAUUAUCCAGAAACCGGUGAAGAAGUUAAAACCAUUCUUGGGAAUCCCCUAGAAAUUCCCAAAGGAACUUUCAUUUAUCCUCUCCAUGCAGCGGUCUUUUCCAUCAAUGAUCCUGGGGAUGUUGAGAAGUGCCUCCUCGGCCUCCAUGCACAUCAGGGUCGUUGCAAGGCGGAGAAGAAAAUACGCACCGCGUUUUGUGCUGGAGACAUCAUGCAUGCAGCAGAGGUUCGAGAGUCUCUCAGAAGGCAUGACUUAAAAACUGAUGUGGCUAUUUUGCAGGGGGAACAUCGUGAAGGAGAACUCUUCAAGCACCAUCAUUCCUAUGUUGUUAUCGGAGCCAGACACAGGAUUGACCUUCCAUCAUCUGUGCUCACAAGGAAGGAGUUCCUGCAAUCUUUCCAUAAACCAAACUGCUGGCUCUUGUCAAACAUCCGAGGGUUGAGAAAAGAAGAACUUCCUCUUCACUUGAAGCUGGUCACCCUUGUAGAUUUGAAGUUGGAGUCAGAGGAAGGUGGUGAUGAUUCGCAACGGUCUGUGGAACGUCUUCCGGGCUUUGAAUCGGAAACGCAAAUCGAGGCAAUGAAUGUGGGAGAGGAGACAUUGGAAAACUUCGACCUUGAAAUGUCACCAGAUAUUCCAGAAGACUCUCGGUGAUCCUUUGUACUUCCCACCCAGCGCCUUCCAAAGUUACUCAACAAGAUAAGUUUCAGAUUCUCUAAACGAUUGUGGCAUUGCCUAUGUUUGUAAUUAUGAACUUCAGUGAUUUGAACUUAUUUCCGCAUUUCUCGCUACAGUAGCACAAGUACAUGAAUCGGUUUUGCAGUCCAUGGAAAGGAAAGUCCCUUUUCAAUUUGCUUUUUCAUCACCAUUGCAAUAACGGGUACAUUGUUUACUGAUGUUCAUGUUUCUUUUUUCCCUCUGCCAAGCUGACAUCGGAAAUGUGAAUAAUCAAUCCUGAGUUUGAGCCGUUCAAUGGACGUGUAGUUUCCGUGACAGUAUCUUCAAUAGAAGUACAUAUGUUGUUCAUUCGCAGGGUGGAGUGGUGAUGAGCCGAAAACAUUGCAUUCGGAGUUAAUCAUGAGAUGUGGAGUUCCUUCACAAAUGGCCUCCCAAUUUCUUUGAUAUUCCAUGGAUGUGAAUAGUUGGAGAUGGUGAGUCACCGGAGGUUUGGGGUCACCGAAGGUCUGGAGUCACCGUGGGCAGAAGCAGAGUUCACUGAAGACAACUGUGAUUAAUUUCAUCGACGUGUUUAUACAAAUUAAUCAUGCGAUUCAACUCUCUUUGAAUAAGUGGAUCUCUUGUGUGUCACUAAACUCGAUGCUGCCAAGUGAAGACGUUAUCGCGUAUAUUGGUUGCUAAGAAGAUUGUGAGAUACUCCCUUCAUUUUUUUUAAAUUCACCGCCCCGCCCCUCCUUUUUCUCUUGUCA